UUUAAGUGCAGUAUAAAAAGCAUGCUCACAGCUAUCACAGUAAAACGCGGAGUGAACUCUGGAUAUCAAGAGGACUAUCUUUUUGGAGGUAAACCAUCGAGCACCUGGAACUUCCAAAGCCUUUUAUUCUCUCAAUUAACCGGACGCUGUGGACCCUGAAGCUCAAGCAUCCUACAUCAGAUUAAUGAGUCACCAAGAUAAAGCAAUGGACGUUGAGUCCCUCCAGAAAAGUGGCCGGCGCCGUGGAAGCUGCCUGGACGUUUUUCUCGUUGUGUCAAUCAUGUUUUUGCUUGUGGCUGUGACGGCUCUGGCUGGCGGCGGAGUGAUGGUGGUCAUGAAUCUGCGGUCCGAGCUGGUGACCCCGCGUAUUUCAUCUGAUUCCAAGACAUCAGAGCUGAUAGGAGACCAACCUGACUCAGCAUACAAGACACAGAACUUUGCCUAUCUGGAAGCCACCUCAAGCACGCUACAGACCUCCACCAUGCAAUUGGCUCCAGUCGAUUAUGCUGCUGGGAAGUCUGUGGGAAGCAAAUUCGAGUUUGAUAAGGAUACGCAUUGGCUGAAGGCCAAACAGGUGGGGACCUACUUCAUAUACAUCAAUCUCAACCUCACCUGCAACUACCAAUGUAAUGCGGGACUCCUCAGUGUGAGUUUGGGCGAUAAACUCACCUGCGAGGUGGAGCUUCCAGUUCAUGCAGACACAACACCUGUGAGCAGGAAGUGCUGGACAGUGAGCUGGUUGGACGGGCAGAAACUGCUCACUCAGAUGACCGUACCAAAGGGAGAUCUGCAGAACUGGAGACUGGAACUGCAAAGCUCAGGAAUUGGGAUGUUCCUCGUGGACUAAUGUUGACACUGCACUGCCUGCAUGUGUGUGAUCUUUGGGUCUUAACUAAAGUCUUUUCUAUGUGUCCAACAACAUGAAAAUGGGCCUACUCCAGUGCACAUUUCAAAGCUUUAUCCAGAUUUCUUGCAAACUAAGGCAAGGAAGCUUGGCAGGACUUUAAGGAGAAGUUGCACUUUUUAUGCAAACUGCAUCUGGAAAACACAAUUGCAUAUUUUUGUAUAAAUAUGUAUAUGAUAUAUUUAUUUGAUAAUGAAACUAUUUAUGUAUCUAUAUUUAUACUUUUUGUUUUGAAUAGAAAUGUAUUAUGAAGUAGAUAUCACUACAUUAGUAUCGAUGUACAAUACACUGCUAGUUUAAUCAGCCUAUAUUGGGUUAUAAUACUUCUGUUUUGCUCUGUUUCUUAUUUUAUAAGUUACUCAGGGCAUAAAGCUGAGUGUUAAAAUAAAAUGUGAGAGAAUAAUUCUGCUCGGAAACCCCAACAAGUUCCUCAGGGAUUUCAUUUAGAUCUAGUGAGUUUGAAGUGGAGGUCUUAUGAGAAGGGUCUCUGUGAUGAAAUCAUGACCACAUUACUAAAGUAUCUUUAAUAUGUGGACUCAUGAAUGAGAAAAUGUUUUGUUUUUGAAAGAUAUGUAAGUCCUAUGGACAAAUUGCACAUUGUUGAAUUUUUUCCAUUUAUCCAUAUUAAACUUGGAUAUUUUGCUCUGAAAAAUAAUGAGCAGUGUGAAAGUGAUUGCGUCAAUGUUUCAAGUGGAUUAUAGGAAAUGUACAUGUGUGAGGGAAAGUUCCCUACAGUUACGCAGCCUAUUCUGGGAACUCGAUGUACAUCACUUCCUGUUUAUUUACCAAACAGUGUGGUUUGAAAAAAAACCAUCUAUAUAGGCCAGGCAACAAAACUAAAUUACACCUCCUGUCUGAUAUUGAAGUUGUAACAAAUAUUCCCUGUUAUUUUGAUAUACAAGUCACGCUCACACAAGAAGGGUAUGCUCCAACAAUUUAGUCUAAAAUAAAAUAUGACUUCUUAAGAA